AAAACGUCAAUACUCCGAAAGCCCUUACACUCAGCGAUCAUGGCGAACGAAAAGAAGGAGACGAAGCCGGAGAAAUCCACCGAAGCGAAUGAGAGCAAACCGGACAAAUCCUCAGGCAAUGGCUAUUCUAAAGAGGAAGUGCAGAAGGAAUCUUCAAAAGCCGCCAAACAAGCUAAAGAAGCCCACAACAAAGCAACCGAACUCUUGCAAGCAGCAGCUGCCGCUGGGGACCCAGAUGAACGCCAGAAACUCAUGGAAGAAGCCCUCGAACAACAAAUUCAGUCAAAGUCCUUCGGCAAAACAGCAAGGUAUCUGCGCUCAGGUACAUUCCAGGGCAUGGCAGUCGGAGCCGGCCUCGGAAUCGCUCCAGGAGCCUCGCUGGGCGCAAUCACUGGGACAUUAGUCGGUGGUGUUUCAUCAACAGCCUUGGGAGGUAUAGGUGCGGGCCUCGGUGCCGCGACUGGUUGGAUGCAUGGCCCGUUCUGGGACUUAGGGAAAGGAGGAGGGAACAUCAUCAAGAAGAUCACGGGUAACUUACCUGGAUGGAAAGCUACUGAGAGCCAGAAAAAGCAGCUUGAGAAGAUGCUUGGACAGGUCAAUGAGCAGGAUACGCCUGGGAUGGAUGAGCUGGAGAGCUGGGAGAGCGAGGGCCCAAGCGAGGAUCAGAAGGAGGUGAUGGAAAAUGUGAAGUCGAAAUUGCCGUCCCUGCCUUCCCAAGGCAAAUCAGAAGAGACCUCGAACAAAGGAGGAAAUCAAGAAGAGAAAGCGCAGAAGGAUGAACAAGAAAAGGAGCAGUCCAAAACAGGGGAUUCUGCGAAGACCGAAAAGAGUCAAUCGCAGGGCGAGGAGAAAGAGAAUGAUGAUGAUGAGAAGAAUUCCGAGACUGCACAGGGAGCUGAGGGACGCAAAAAGCCGCGAAAGCUGCAGCCCAAGUCAGAGGAGACCAGUGCACCAUCCGAUAGCUCAGCUAGUGCUAAGAAGCAGCCUCGGAAACUCGAGAAAAGAUCAGGGUGAAUCAAUUGAAGUCAAGUAAACCUGCAUAGUGCUCUCGUCCUUGCGAAACGGAAGCUGCCCCCCUGUUAUUAUACUUAGCUUCUUAGUGAUCUCUAGGUUAUAUUCAAGGGCUUAGGCAUCUCAGCUUCCACACACGAAGCUGACUUGUUUGCAUAACCAUGUCGUGCUGGGCUCCUCCCUGAGAAGCGC